GUACGCCGGCCGCCCGUGUCUCUUGGCUCACUCGCGCGCUCACCGCCGCGCCGUCAACACGUGAGCGCUUCCCUGUUGCCAUGGAGACGCCCAAGAGAUCCCCGGCGAUGCUUAGUUGCGUCGCCUUCGCUUUGCUCUGCAUCUCGCUGUGCAAUGGAGCUUAUUACGUCACCACCCCGCGACAGUGGAAGGCGGGCGAGGAGAACCAGGUGUGCGUCUACGUCCCCAACCCGGCGUCUCCUGAGGGCAGCCUCACCCUGAGCAUGACCUCGAGGACCUACAGGAGCGGCGAAUGGGUCAACAACACUCUCCUGGCUGGACACACCAUCCAGAUCCCGGCAGGAAAGACAGAGAAAUGCGAGGACAUCAAUCUCGAGCCAACUGAUGACUACGGAGGUGACCUUCACCUGAUCGGCAAAGUGGGCGGAGCCGACCUGAACGAGACCCGAAACAUCAGGCUGAGGAGGAGCUACAACCUGACCUUCAUCCAGACGGACAAGUACCUGUACCAGCCAGGUCAGGAGGUCAAGUUCAGAGCCCUCACUGUGUACGGGACCAAGGCUCAGGUCGCUAUGGAGCCGUACCCGGAAAUCUGGGUCACAACGCCAUCCCGAACACGCAUCGCCCAGUGGAAAAACGUCAGCACAUCGGUCGGUCUCGUCCACCUGGCCUUCCAGCUGGCGGACGAACCCGAGGAGGGCUCCUACACCAUCCACGUCGAGGGGCCUGACGGCAGGAUGAACACCAACAGAUUCAAGGUCGAGGAGUACGUCUUGCCGCGAUUUGAGGUCAAGAUGACGCCGCCAAAAUACGUCUUGGCUUCCGAUGAAACGUUCGUCUUCAGCGUCUGUGCAAAAUACACAUUCGGACAGCCAGUGAAAGGCAACGUAUCCUUCACGUUGAACAAUGACCAAAGACGAAAGUGUCGAGUUGAAGCCACGAGGAAUGAGACAAUCACGGGCUGCAAAGACUUCGAGAUCACUGCAGAGGAGAUGCGCAUCACCGACUGCAACGUUUACAACCUGAGAGCCUCUGCAGUGGUGGAAGAGGAGGGCACUGGUGUCACAUUCAGUGCCACAACCAGUGCCAACGUUAUGAGGACGGCCGUCAAUUUCGAGACAGUCUACGCGGAUAAUUAUAAGAAGCCGAACCUGCCUUAUACAGUCAAGGUGAGAGCUGUCCUGCCUGACAAAUCCCCCGCAGCUGGCGUCCCCGUCGAGGUGUGUGCAGCUGGCAGAUGCAAGAACAUGACGACAGCUGCCGAUGGUCUGUUCACUGCCGUCGUUUCUUCGGACAACACUAAUAGGAUUUUUAUGUCAACAUUGAAUUGCCGCGCCGACAUGCACUCGUCCUCCUACUCCAGGGAACUCGAACACUACUACUCCCCCUCGAACUCCUCUCUCCUCAUCCAAGUUCCCGAAGGACAACUCAAGUGCACGCCAGGCCAGGCCGGUACCUACAACAUGCCCAUCUACUUCUCUGCCACCAACCAGCAGAAGGCCACCUUCACCGUACAGGUGAUCUCGCGAGGGAAGAUCCAGGGCUGGCAGGUCCAAGACGUGGAAAUGCUCCCUGGCUCGCUACCCAUUGACGCCGAGCACCUGGUCGACCCCAUCAGCACCCCUGCAGAAGGCACAGUCACGGGCAAGAUCGAUUUCCCCGUCUCGCUCCCGCCCACAGCUUCGCCUACAGUCGAUGUCUUGGUCUGGUACACGCGCGACGACGGCGAGGUGGUGUCGGACAGGGCCGAGCUGAAGGUGGAGAAGUGCCUGGGCUACAGUGCCAACCUCACCUGGUCGGCGGCACAGGGCCAGCCGGGGGAGGCCACCACGCUCAAGGUGACGGCGGAACCCAACGCUGUGUGCUCAAUCGGCGUGGUCGACCGGAGCACAGAGCUCCUCUCCCCGCAGCCGGACCCCAUCAGCCUGGACGAGAUCUUCAGCUUCGUGGACGACAACAGGAUCUACCCGUGGAUCAACUCGCAGGUCAACGACAACGAUUACUGCCAGAAGAAGGCGUUCGAAGAGGAGAAGGCGAAGGAGGCGGCGAGCUUGGCGGCAUCCGACGGAGUAUUCGUUAUCCGUCAUCGAUCAAACUAUUACAGUUACUAUGUGGACGCUUUGAAGAUGUUUGAUGAUUCUGGCCUUUACGUGAUCUCUGACUUCACGCUCGAAACUCGGCCUUGUGAGAAGGAUGAACGAAAUUACGUCAGCUUCAGCAGGCCUGGAGCCUUCGGUGGAAGUGCUGGCGGUGGCUUCGGCAUCGUGGAGGAUUCGAAUGUGCUCGCUGCUCCUCCUCCUAUGGCUGAAUUCGCUCCUGCGGCUAGUCCCGGACCUGAAUUGGCGAAGGAGACUGUGACGGAGGCGGACCCUGACACACCCAGGACUGAUUUCCCAGAGACGUGGCUGUGGGACCUCGUGACUGUGCCAUCAAGCGGAGUUAGCGAGCAGAAUCUCGAGCUCCCAGACACCAUCACCAAGUGGGUUGGCAAGGCCGUGUGCGCCCACCCGGAGAAGGGCGUGGGGCUGUCCGAGCGGGCGUCCAUCACCACCUUCACGCCCUUCUUCUCGGACUUGACCCUCCCGCCCUCCAUCAAGCGCGGCGAAGUCCUCCCCGUCAAGAUCUCCGUCUUUAACUACCUCGACCAGUCUCUGCCGGUUCGAGUGAUCCUUGAGGAGAGCCCUGAGUACGAGGUGGUGGAGGAUCCAGCGCUCGGAGGAACAGGCAACGAGAGGACAUCCUGCUUGGCGCCACAGGACAAGGUGGUGCACACGAUCAAGAUCCAAGCACUGGCCCUCGGCGACGUCAACCUUACAGUUUCCGCCUUCGUGGACUCCAGCAUACCCGAGGCCUGCGACACUCAGGAGCUUGUCUUGAAGAGAGAUACUCUGAUCAAACCCAUCAAGGUCGAGGCAGAGGGCUUCCCGAGGGAAGAAACUUGGACCAAGUACGUUUGCGCUGAAGAACUGGCCGAGGGCAAGGACAGCCUGGAGGUGUGGCAGGUGGCGCCGCCGGAGAAGAUCGUGGCUGACUCCGCCCGGGGGUGGGUCACGGCUGUCGGCGACCUGCUGGCUCUGUCGCUCGAGAACCUGGGCUCCCUCAUCCGCAUGCCGUACGGGUGUGGCGAGCAGAACAUGAUCAACUUCGCCCCCAACAUCUACAUCAUGCAGUACCUGGAGGCGACCAACCAGGGCACGCCGGAGAGCACGGAGAAGCUGCUCAGGUUCAUGAGAACAGGAUACCAGAGGGAGCUCCUGUACCGACGAAACAACGGAUCCUACAGCGCCUUCGGGAAUGCUGAUGACUCUGGCUCCACUUGGCUCACUGCCUUUGUCCUCAAGUCCUUCGCUCAGGCACAGCCCUACAUCUCGAUCGACGAAGAAGGCCUGGACCAUACGAAAACAUGGCUCAGCAAGUCGGAACGAGACUCCAACGGCUGCUUGGUCUCCGUCGGAAAGGUCUUCCACAAGGGCCUAAAGGGCGGGCUGGCUGACAGCGGGACGCCCGUGCCGCUGACGGCGUACGUGCUGACCGCCCUGAUCGAGGCCGGCACCCUCUCCACCGCCAGGAUCGUGACGGACGCCACUCGCUGUGUGCUCUCCGACACCUCCAGGGACCCGUACACCAUUGCCGUGAAGGCGUACGCCCUGGCCCUGGCGAAGCACCCCGAAGGACAGACGCUCCUGCAGCAGCUGAUCGACAUGGCUGUGGUGGAGGAAAACGCCAUGUACUGGGAAACGUCGACAGGAAGUUAUAAGAGCAAUGCCCUUUCCGUGGAGACCGCUGGGUAUGCCAUCCUCGCUAUGAUGGCCCAGGAUCCCGAGCAGCACAUCCUGAACGCGAGGAAAGUGGUCAAGUGGAUCACCACCAAGAGGAAUGGCCUUGGAGGGUUCUUCUCCACACAGGACACAGUCGUGGCUCUGCAGGCCAUGGCCAGCUACGAGACCAACACGCACCAAGGACCCUUGGAUGUCGCGGCCACUGUCACUGCCCAGGACUUCUCUCACUCCUUCACUGUCAACGAAAACAACAAACUCCUGCAGCAGCUCCAGAAGCUGCCGACUUUCCCGACCGACGUCACCGUCAACAUAGAAGGCCAAGGGUGUGCUGUGAUGCAGGCUGUCCUCCGCUACAACAUCCCCGAGCCGGAAGCCAGCGACGCCUUCGACCUCAACGUCACGGCGACCAACGACCCAAGCGGCGGCUGCAUCUCCAAGCGAGUCAAGGCCUGCUCCAGCUACCUCCUCCCCGACGGCAAGUCCAACAUGGCCGUCAUCGAAGUCAACCUCAUUUCUGGCUUUAUUCCGGAGAAGGAGGACCUCAAGUCAGUCGUAAACCGAAACCAUAAGGUGGUCAAGCGCUACGAGGUGGAUGGCAGCAAAGUGUCCUUCUACAUCGAGGAGUUCAAGGCCGGAGAGGAAGUGUGUGUCAGCUUCCGCAUCUUGCGUGAGGUGGAGAUCGAGAACACCAAGCCCGGCUCGGUGGUCGUCUACGAUUAUUAUCAGCCCGAGUUCGCUGUCAGCAAGAGUUACAGCUUCCCGGCCAUUGACGGAUGCACGCGGUGAGGCGAAGGCAGCUGUCUCAAAAGUGCAGCAGGCAACACCAUCACUUGCACUCUCUUCUCUCAUCCGUAGUUGCACAUGCACUUUAACCUUGGUCAUGUUACUUAGUUAUUUGAUAUAUUUUUAUUCAUUUUUAACUCAACUUCUCCGCAGCACAAUAACAGCCAUAUUAUGAAGGCAUGCAUAGGGUAAUCAUGUGUUCAUGAUCAUGAAAAAAGUACAUAUAUACAAUUAGAAUAAAAAGAAAGCACCUUUAUAAAAUGUGAUGGGAGAGCAAGAAUGACAGCAAAGAGUAUGAUAAAGAUCCUAGAGGAUAUCAAAACAGAUGUAUUAAUAAUUAACAGUCUUUAUAAUUAUUCACUCUAAAUCACAUUUUGUGUAUGAAUUACCAAUAAAAGUGCCACACAACUCCAA